AUGCCGGGCAAUACGAUCCGACUCCUCUCACUGGACGGCGGCGGCGUCCGUGGCCUGUCAUCGCUGAUGAUUCUCGAUCAUCUGAUGCGCACUAUCGACAGCAAAUGCCCACCGAAACCCUGCGACUACUUCGACAUGAUCGGCGGCACCAGCACCGGUGGGCUCAUAGCCAUCAUGCUGGGUCGCUUGCGUAUGAGCGUUACGGAGUGCAUCACCGCCUACACUGCGCUGUCCGGGAAGGUUUUCGAGAAGAAGAACCACCGGUUUGGCUGGAAGCUCAAGAUUCAGGGUAGGUUUGACUCGGGCAAAUUGGAGCAAGCCGUCAAACAGAUCCUUCGGAGCCAGGGGUUUGGCGAGGAUGAGCUGCUCCAAGACGCGCCCGAUGCGCCUUGCAAAGUAUUUGUCUGCGCGACGAGUAAAAACGCUGGCAGCACCGUAUGUCUCAAGAGCUACCGAUCUCAUGGCACCGACGACCUGGAAUCGACCACGAUUUGGCAAGCCUGUCGUGCGACAUCGGCUGCCACGUCCUUCUUCGAGCCUAUCGCUUUCGGGCCCUACGACGAGGUAUUCGUUGAGGGAGCCCUAGGAGCGAAUAACCCCAUCUAUGAGUUAUGGGACCAGGCCAGGGGCGUAUGGGGGGCCACUGAGCCCGGGGAGAAUCCGGAGGCUCAGCUGCAAAGCAAGCUUACGUCCCUGGUCUCGAUAGGCACAGGAGUGCCGCCCCUCAACCGGGUGGGUGAUAGCCUGAAGGGAAUCUUCGCCACUCUGCAGAAGCUUGGUACGGAGACAGAAAAAACCGCCGAGAACUUCCGCCGCGACAAGUCCAGUCUCCAUAAGCAGGGACGAUAUUAUCGCUUCAAUGUCAACCAGGGGCUCCAGGACAUCGGGCUGGAAGAAUCAAAGAAGAAGGCUGAGAUUGCAGAGGCAACCCGCAAGUAUAUUCUAUCGGCGGAGAUGCUAGAAUUUGGCCCCUAUCGGACUUCGUUUACGCUGGAGGGGGUGCCUGUCUCGGGCAAGUUCGUUGCCAGGCCGUUGGACACCGCCGAGCUCGAACACCACCUCCUCCCGCAACAGUCGGUCUCCGAAGAAGAUGGUCGUUGCAAGGUAUUUGUCCUCCAUGGGCUCGGCGGCAUGGGAAAGACGCAGCUGGCUGUCGACUUUGCUCGGCGCCACAAACCCACUUUUAGCUCAGUCUUCUGGCUAGACGGCAGGUCGGAAGAACGAGUCAUCCAGAGCCUUGCUAAAUGUGCGAGCAGGAUUCCGGCGGGCCAAAUCGCAGACAGAAGCAGGACCAGGAACAUCAGCAACCUCGUUGACAAGGAAGAUAUCAGGGCUGCCGCGAAGGAGACGCUGAACUGGCUUGCUCUGGAGGAGAAUAGGGACUGGCUACUCGUCUUCGAUAACGUCGACCAGGAUCCCAGCUCGGAGGAAGCCGUGGCGACCGGUGCAUACGAUGUUCGGAAGUACAUCCCCGGCGACCAGGGGUCGGUGUUGAUUACCACGCGGUUGGAGAAGCUAGCACAGCUCGGCACGGCGAAAGAACUCAAGAAGGUCGACAAAGACCUUAGCAAGUCCGUGUUCAAGAAGUGGGCUAGGUGGACUGACGAAAGGAUGGCUAUGGAUGACAAUGUCGAGGAGCUGCUUGACUUGCUGGACGGUCUUCCGCUGGCGCUGGCGCAGGCUGCCUCGUACCUUGGAGAGACGCGGAGCGACGCCGCGUCGUAUGUUCGGCGGUACAACGAGCGCUUCAAGGAACUGAUGCAGUCCGACGACGAGUCCGCGCCGCUGAUGGACUACCAGCAGAGGAGCGUCUGGACCACAUGGACAAUAUCGUUCAAGGCGAUCGAGACGAAAAACAAGGACGCGGCGAACCUGCUCUGCCUCUGGGCUUUCUCAACAACAACGGCCUUUGGCACGGUCUGUUACAGGCGGCCGGCGAAGAAGCCGAAGACGGCUGUCCCGGAUGGCUUCGCGAUAUGGCGUGCGACGAAGGCCGACGAGGCGCACGAGGGCGACAAGGGCGACACGAGCGACAAGGGCGACGAGGGUAUGUACUCGAUUCAUCCGGUAGUGCACAAGUGGAUGUCGCACCGGCAAGACGAGGCCCAGAAGAGAGCGUUUGCCAUGCUGGCGGUGCUGGUAGUUGGGCUGUCGGUACCUACCAAGGGGUCCAAUAGGGAUAAAGAUUUCGGGGUCCUCCGGAAUCAGCUUCUUCCGCAUGCAGAGAGGUGCUCGCGGUGGCUGGCCGAGGUUUCUGGCGGUGAAGACGAUUUCCCCCUCCUCCCCAUUCAGGCAGAAUCGGUCAGUCGGUUAGGUUUCCUCUACGGUGCUCAUGGUCGGCUGGAAGAGGCCGAGCGAAUAACGCGACUAGCGCUGGACAGCAAGAAGAAGAUGUUUGGACCGGACCACAUGGCGACUUUGAGCGCCAUGAAUGAGCUGGGUCUCGUCUACGAGAAGCAGGGUCGGCUAGGGGAAGCCGAGAGGAUAUUCCGACAGGUGCAAGAAGGCGUUGAGGAGGUGUACGGCGCAGGUGAUACAACGAGUCUCAAUGCUACGACCAACUUGGCCGUCGUCUACGAGAAGCAAGGUCGGUUAGAGGAGGCCGAGAUGAUGUUCCGACGGGUGCAAGAAGGGCUUCGGAAGGUGGUCGGUCCGGAUCAUAUAAUCCGUCUCAAUCUUACGAACAACCUGGGUGCCCUGUACAAGAAGCAAGGCCGGUUAGGGGAGGCGGAGAGAAUGCUCCAAGAUGCACGGGAAGGCUUUGAUAAGGUGAUCGGGCCAGAUCAUAUCAUGAAUCUGAGUACCGUAAACAACUUGGGCGCCGUCUACGAGGAACAAGGUCGAUUGCGGGAGGCCGAGAUGAUGUAUCGACAAGCACGAGAAGGGUUCGAGAAGGCGCUUGGUCGGAAUCACCCGGUGGUGUCGGAGAUAGGAUCGAGCUUGCACAGGGUGCACUUGUUGAUGGGUUGCGAAUACUGCGCCAGGGUCUCAGUAGGCGAGCCGCGAGCGACGUGA